CCGAGGACAGAAAAAUGCCACCCAAGCGUAUGGCUAAGAGUUCACCCCCAGAAGAUGCCCUCCCCAAAACCAAGAAGGUUAAGAUCUCACACAGGUCCCACCGCACAGAGCCGGGCUUGGUGCUGACGCUGGGCCAGGGCGAUGUGGGCCAGCUGGGGCUGGGUGAGAAUGUGAUGGAGAGGAAGAAGCCCGCCCUAGUACCCAUUCCGGAAGACACUGUGCAGGCCGAGGCGGGGGGCAUGCACACCGUGUGUCUAAGCAAAAGUGGCCAGGUCUAUUCCUUCGGCUGCAAUGAUGAGGGUGCCCUGGGAAGGGACACAUCAGUGGAAGGCUCAGAGAUGGUUCCUGGGAAAGUGGAAUUGCAAGAGAAGGUGGUACAAGUGUCAGCAGGAGACAGUCACACAGCGGCCCUCACUGAGGAUGGCCGUGUCUUCCUCUGGGGCUCCUUCCGGGACAAUAACGGUGUGAUUGGGCUCCUGGAGCCCAUGAAGAAGAGCAUGGUUCCCGUGCAAGUGCAGCUGAGCGCGCCUGUGGUGAAGGUGGCCUCAGGAAAUGACCACUUGGUGAUGCUCACAACUGAUGGCGACCUCUACACUUUGGGCUGCGGGGAGCAGGGCCAGCUGGGCCGUGUGCCCGAAUUAUUUGCCAAUCGUGGUGGCCGGCAGGGCCUUGAACGACUCCUGGUCCCCAAGUGUGUGAUGCUGAAGUGCAGGGGAAGCCGGGGCCGUGUGAGAUUCCAGGAUGCCUUCUGCGGCGCCUCCUUCACUUUUGCCAUCUCCCUCGAGGACCACGUAUAUGGCUUUGGCCUUUCAAACUACCAUCAGCUUGGAACCCCAGGCACAGAAUCCUGCUUCGUACCCCAGAACCUGACCUCCUUCAAGAACUCUACCAAGUCCUGGGUGGGCUUCUCCGGUGGCCAGCACCAUACAGUCUGCAUGGAUUCAGAAGGAAAAGCAUACAGCCUGGGCCGGGCUGCGUAUGGGCGGCUGGGCCUCGGGGAGGGCGCUGAGGAGAAGAGUGUACCCACCCUCAUCCCCAGGCUGCCUGCCGUCUCCUCGGUGGCUUGCGGGGCUGCCGUGGCCAAGGAUGGUCAUGUUUUUGCCUGGGGCAUGGGCACAAACUACCAGCUGGGCACAGGGCAGGAGGAGGAUGCCUGGAGCCCCGUGGAGAUGACAGGCAAACAGCUGGAGAACCGCAUGGUUUUAUCUGUGUCCAGUGGGGGCCAGCACACAGUCUUACUAGUCAAGGACAAAGGACAGAGCUGAUGAAGCCUCGGAGGGCCCGGCUCCCAGCCCCUACACCCUCCCUCCUGGAACACAGAAGCUGUGAUGACUAUAGACUCCAGCAGGCCUCCCCCAGCCCCAAGUACUUGUCAUCUCCUGCCUUUUUUCCAUCUACAGAACAGAAUCAUCUUUUUCUUCCUCCUUUCUGGAAUUAUCCUGUAACCUACAGGAUGAAGGGAGAGGAUGGAAAGGGGAGCGGGUUUUCUCAGAAUGUUGCUCACCUGAGAACUAUGUGAUUAGACUGUUGCCCCUCAUUCCUACCUUCCAUGGUCCUGGCUGACCCUGGUUUUGUCUGCCAAAAGCCAAAACU